AGAAAGAUGGAUAUUGAAAUGGAGAGAGACUCCUAAACAGUUUGACCAAAAUGCCCUCGUCUCACCUUCGAUAAGACCUCCAACUCAAAACGACAACCUGCGAAACAUGUGCGAGCGAGCGAUGAGAAAGCCGUUGAACCAAAAUGCCACUUUUGCCCUCACCACCCAAUAUCUUUCCCGCCAAAUUAAACGGUCAUAUUUUCAUUCAAAAGCCCAUCAUCAUAUUCAACAGCUUCAGAACUGCAUAGAUUUCGCUUCCGCAACGUCACUGCACUCGGAAUCUGUGAAAUGUGGGUUUCUAACACGUACUUUCACUACCAACCUUCUCAUGAAUUGCUAUAUCAGACUCCAAAGAAUUGACCAUGCACGCCAACUGUUCGACGAAAUGUUUGCACCAAACGUUGUGUCAUGGACUUCGCUUAUUGCUGGUUAUAUAAACACAGGUAAGGCCAGAAUGGCUCUGUGGCUCUUUGGGAAAAUGUCCGAAUGCUCUGUUAUGCCAAAUGAGUUUACUUUUGCUACAGUGAUCAAUGCCUCUUCGAUCCUUGCUGACCUCAGAACUGGUAAAGAAAUCCAUGCUCAUGUUGAGGUUUUGGGUUUUCAAGCUAACCUUGUUGUGUGCUCUUCGCUUGUUGAUAUGUAUGGGAAGUGCAACGAUGUCGAUGGAGCUCGGCGGGUUUUUGACUUUAUGUACGAUAGGAAUGUUGUUUCUUGGACUUCAAUGAUCACUGCAUAUGUGCAGAAUGGACAAGGCAAUGAAGCGCUCCAACUCUUUCGGGAAUUCAAUUUUCUGAUGGAAGACCAUCCAAAUCAUUUUAUGUUAGCUAGCAUCACCAACGCUUGUGCAAGCUUGGGCAAGUUGGUUUCUGGGAAAGUCACGCAUGGAGCAGUUAUUCGCAGGGGCCAUGAUUCAAGUGAUAUAGUUGCCAGUGCACUUGUUGAUAUGUAUGCCAAAUGUGGGUGUCUUGAUUAUUCCAAUAAGAUCUUUAGGAGAAUUCCAUAUCCCUCACUAAUUCCCUAUACUUCAAUGAUUGUUAGUACUGCUAAGUAUGGACUCGGGAAACAGGCACUUCUACUCUUCUCAGAAAUGAUUGAUAGAAGAAUAAAACCCAAUGAUGUCACCUUUGUGGGGGUCUUACAUGCGUGCAGCCAUUCAGGACUUGUCAAUGAAGGCCUCCAAUACUUGAAAUCUAUGCAUGAGAAAUACGGGAUAGUACCUGAUGCAAAGCAUUAUACAUGUGUUGUUGAUAUGCUUGCACGAAUUGGUCGGCUUGAUGAGGCAUACCAAUUAGCCAAAUCUACCCGAGCAGAACAUAAUGAUUGGGCUCUGUUGUGGGGAACGCUUCUUUCAGCUAGUAGGCUCUUUGGAAGGGUGGAUAUUGCAGUCAAAGCCAGUAAACAGCUAAUAGAUUCCAAUCAACAAGUAGCAGGUGCCUAUAUUACGUUAUCAAACACUUAUGCAUUGGCAGGAGAGUGGGAAAAUGCUCAUAAUCUUCGGUCUAAAAUGAAGCAAACCGGAGUUUAUAAAGAACCAGGUUGCAGUUGGAUUGAAAUUAAAGAUUCAACAUACGUGUUCUAUGCUGGAGAUGUAUCAUCAUGUCCACAGGGAAGUGAGAUGGUAAAUUUGCUAAAGGAGUUAGAAAGACGAGUGAAAGAAAGAGGGUAUGUAGGAGGAAGUAUGGGGUUGGUCUUUGUUGAUGUGGAGGAGGAGGCUAAGGAGGAAAUACUGGGUCUGCACAGCGAGAGAUUGGCCUUGGCUUUUGGGUUAAUAAACAUACCAAAAGGAGCUACCAUUAGAAUAAUGAAGAACCUCAGAAUGUGCAGGGACUGUCAUGAGGUUUUCACGCUUAUUAGUGAGAUUGUGGAUAGAGAAUUUGUUGUUAGAGAUCUUAAUAGAUUUCAUCUCUUUAAAAAUGGGUCCUGUAUUUGUAGGGAUUUCUGGUGAUGAUCAACUAAUUUCAGUUUUUCUCUUUUUGAUUUC